AAGAGGAGGGGUGGGUUUAAAAAAAAAGCACGAAGAGAAACAAAAGCACAGUUGUGGGUGCCUGAAACCAUGCAAGAUUUGCACUGUUCUCAAAGAACGCUGCUCUAUCCGUGGACCAUGUCGUGAGGUGUGGCUCCAGCGCUCGGGAUACUGCCAAUAGAUAGCCUACGCCUGGGAGCAGGGCAAAAGAUGUCCGCCUCGGUAGGGCCCACAAGCGGCCCUCGCCCACCCACCGUGCCGGCUCCCAUGCCUGAUAUGCCGGACUUGAGUCACCUCACUGAGGAGGAAAGGGAAGUCAUCAUGGCAGUGAUGGUUCGGCAAAGGGAAGAAGAGGAGAAGGAACAAGCCAUGCUAAAGACACUGCACCAGCAGUUUGAGAGUUAUAAGGAGCAGGUGAAGAAGAUUGGAGCAGAAACGAAACGACAGCAGGCUGUCCAUAAAGAUGAUGCACCUACCUGUGGCAUCUGUCGUAAGACCAAGUUUGCAGAUGGCUGUGGGCAUCUGUGUUCCUACUGCCAGACCAAGUUCUGUGCCCGCUGCGGGGGAAGAGUGUCGUUGCGUUCAAAUAAUUGUCUCAUAGGGAAAGACAGGGUGAUGUGGGUAUGUAACCUGUGCAGGAAACAGCAGGAAAUUCUAACUAAAUCAGGAGAAUGGUUUUCAUCAGGCCCUGGGGCUAGGCCUCUUAGUGUGGGUGCUCCCCUCAGUGGCCCCGAGUUGGAGAAGGACAGGAGGUUGCGCUCCAGAUCCCAGGCUCCGGGCACUAACAACACUCUGCCACCCAACGCUGGUCCUGGUGACCCCACCAAGGGAGCAGAUACAAUGCCCGCCUCACGCUCCCGCAGUGAACCACCACGAGACAAGAAGAGACCCGUGUCCCUACACGAGCAGAAUGGAAAGGUGAUUGGACGUGGAGAGAGAAGACGUGGACCAGCCAGGUUGUCAUCGCAGGCCUCUGAAGAUCGAGCUCCAGGUGAGAAGCGAGACAGCAGACGAUUGGAGAAAGGGCACUCACAGGAAUAUCCAGAGGAUGAUCCCACCCAUCCUGAGCGGCGAAGGAGGCAAGAGGAGGAAGAGCGAGAGCGACAAAGACGAGAAGAAGAGUACCAGACCCGUUACCGCAGUGACCCGAACCUAGCCCGCUACCCUGUUAAACCGCAGAAGGAGGAACAGGAAAUGCGUAUGCAUGCCAAAGUGUCCAAAAUGCGUCAGGAGCGUCAUCACAGUGACCUAGCCAUCAACGAAGUGGGAUUGAUCCAAGAUGGGGUUGAGGCUGCUGGAAAUAGAAUUAGCAGGCAACGAGUAGCUAACAACGACGACCGCAAGACCCUUUUAGAGAAUCAUCGAGCUUAUUCUAUGGAUAGGACCGUGGGGGGUGGUGUUGGGGGACAAGGAUCCGUCGCUAAACAGGGCCACGGUAUCCCUCACAUAGGCCCUCCAGGGCCCCCAGACCUCAGGGACGGACAGGACUGGGGCCCAAAGGGGCAUCUGGAACCUGGGUCCGCAGCUUUUCUGCACAGGGCUAAGCGAGAAAAGGCUGCAGAAAUCAUGCGUAAAGAUUCUUCUCUUAGCUCGGACCAAUCGGAGACGUUACGGCCACCUCCACCACGAGCCUAUAGACCCAAACGAGGCCUCAACAAAAGGCAGAUGUCCAUCAGUAGCUCUGAAGAAGAGGGUGGCUCCACUCCUGAAUACACCAGCUGUGAGGAUGUGGAGAUUGAAAGUAUUAGUGAAAAAGUAGGUGACUGGGACUGUCAUCCUCUGGAUCCCACUGUGUGGCAUCAUCCAGUGAGCUGGCAGCCAUCCAAAGAGGGAGAUCAUUUGAUUGGCCGCAUCACUCUAAGUAAGCGCUCCACCAUGCCACGAGAAGCCGGUUCCCUACUGGGUCUGAAGGUGGUUGGUGGGAAAAUGACGGAGUCAGGGAGACUGGGGGCCUUUAUCACCAAAGUAAAAAAAGGAAGUUUGGCUGACAUUGUAGGCCAUUUACGAGCAGGUGAUGAGGUGUUGCAGUGGAAUGGAAAGGCUUUGCCUGGAGCAACUAAAAAGGAAGUGUACAAUAUUAUUCUAGAGUCCCAGUCAGCACCACAAGUGGAAAUAGUUGUGUCCAGACCAAUUGGAUGUAUUCAACGUAUUCUGUCCAAAAACUUCUUGAAAAAGGUCUAUAGAGCAUAUCAAGAUACACCGAGACUUCCGGGGACAUCACAUCCUCCUCUAGAAUCAACUGGUUCGAGUUCUAUAGAUGAAUCACAAAAGACGGACCAUCCAUCCAUCUCUGUAAUGUCACCGACUAGUCCCGGGAUGUUGAGAGACCUCCCUCUGGUACUGCCAGGCCAGCUGUCGGUGAAAUUAUGGUAUGAUAAAGUGGGCCAUCAGCUUAUUGUGAAUGUCCUACAAGCACGAGAACUGCCCCCUCGACCUGACGGACGACCCAGAAAUCCCUACGUCAAAAUGUAUUUUCUUCCUGAUAGAAGUGACAAGAGUAAGAGAAGGACGAAAACGGUGAAGAAGAGUGCAGAGCCAAAAUGGAACCAGACGUUCCUGUAUUCUCACAUCCACCGGAGAGACUUCAGAGAGCGCAUGUUGGAGAUCACUGUUUGGGACCAGCCCAGAGUCCAGGAAGAAGAGAGUGAAUUCAUGGGAGAGAUUUUGAUUGAGCUGGAAACAGCUCUAUUGGAUGACCAGCCACACUGGUACAAAUUGCAAUCCCAUGAUGUGUCAUCCCUCCCAUUGCCUCAGCCAUCCCCCUGCCUCCCCCGCAGACAUGUUCAUGGAGAUAGUCCUAGUAAAAAACUGCAAAGAUCUCAUCGCAUCAUUGAAACAGAUUAUGAUGAUGGUAUAACAGUAGUGUCCUCAGCAGCAGAGAGGAACUCCAGAGACAGAGAGAGGUCAAGCACACUGACCGUACCUGAGAGGCAGGCGGCCAUACAGCAUCGCUCUCGGUCAGUAUCCCCGCACAGAGAAGACCAAUGUAGAGCCCGGUCACGACCUGCACAUGUCCCUAUGCAGAGGAGUCUGGAUGAGAUCCACAAAAACCAUCAUCAUUCCUGCUCUCCCUCUCGUUACCAUGACUCCCACCAGGAACAUCGCUCCGGAGAUUCGGACUAUGAAUAUUCAGAGGACAGCGAGGUCCUGGAGGUGCACAGAUCAAUCCGAGGUGGGAGUGCUGAGUGCCUGCAUACAAACAGGAAAUUAGCUAGGCACUGUAACACACUUCCCCCAAAGAUGCCAUUGUUAGUGAAUGGUAUACAUAAAGAUAUUUACAGCUCUACCCUCCCUGCAUGCUUAAAGAACAAACCGCCACGGCGAACAGAGAGGGAUGGAGUUAUCCCUCUUAGUGCCAUUCCACAGCGUGUUCUCAGGUUCACAGAUGAGGUCAGCUCUGGUGAUCUUCAGCCUUCAUUAGACAGAGUAAGAAGUGCCAGCACGACUUGUUUAAGACCAGAGUCAAACUUCCACUCACUUGAAAGAGAAAGUCAUUUUCCAUCUCAAAGGCAUUCUGGCAAUUUGGAUAGGCCAAGCUCUCAGAUAGCUAACAAGAAAACCAUUGAUGGUGACAGACUCCAGCCCACCUCUAUCCUGAGGGGCAGCAGGAGGAGGAGAGAGCCUCCCCUCAUGCCCUUUGGCCAGACCAGCUUAGGGGGUUCCUGCCCUAACUCUCCGCGAGCUGACAGAGAACUUCCACGAGGUGGACAUUAUUCCCCAGCAGGGACACCGUCAUUAGGGCGCAGAGGCAGACAACUGCCACAACUCCCUGCAAAGAGCAGCAGUAUAGAGCAAGAACAUGUCAACAAUAAACCUGAGGAGAAACCUAACUCAGCACUAGCAGUGGAGGAGCGGGCUCGUCAGUUGCAGAUGAGAGUGCCCUCCUAUCGGCCGGGCUCUUCUACAAGCUUUGGUCACGACCCAGAGGCAGACCUCAAGAACAGGAGAGAUAUGUAUAAAGACCAGAGGAGGAGUUGUGAUAACAUGUCUGCGAGGUCAUCAGACAGCGACAUGAGCGAUGCUUCAGCCAUCUCCCAUGCCAGCAGUGCCUCACGGCUGAGCGCCACCAGCUAUAUGUCCAGUCAGUCUGAGAGGCCGCAUGGGAGAAUAAGGUCAAAGUCGUUGGAGAGUUGUAAAGGAGAAGAGAAGAAGGAGAGAAGGAUUUCAUGGGGGGUGAAUGGAACAGACAACAGAAGGAGUCUGGGAAAGAGACGUUUCUCUGAGGAGCUUAAACGUAGACGUCAUACGGUGGCUGGAGAUAUGAGUCGUCAAGUCAGAGCCUCAUCUGGUCGGAAUAUGCUAAAGAGCACAAGUGUUAGCGGUGACAUUAAUACAUCAGAGCGAACAGACGGCAGCCAGUCUGACACUGCUCUGGGAACAGUCGGGACCGGAGCUAAAAAGCGUCGCUCCAGCCUCAAUGCUCGAUUCGUGGCUAUUGUGGGAAACCGCCGCAGCCGAAGCACCUCACAGAUCAGUCAAACGGAGGCAUCCAAUAAGAAGUCGAAGGGCAGUCAAGGGACAAUCCAGCGCAGUCAGGAGACGGGAAUGGCUGUGGAAUUGCAGAGGAAUAUGAGUCGUCAACCCAGCCGAGAAUCCAACAACGGAAGCAUGAACAGCUACAACUCAGAGGGCAGUCCAAUAUUUCCAGCCGUUCGAGUCGAGACUCAGUUCAGUGACUUCCUGGAUGGACUGGGCCCUGCUCAACUAGUUGGUCGACAAACCCUAGCCACACCAGCAAUUGGUGACAUUCAGAUUGGCAUGGUGAAUAAGAAAGGCCAGCUGGAGGUGGAGGUGAUAAGAGCACGAGGUCUCAUCCAAAAACCAGGAUCCAAAUCACUCCCUGCUCCAUAUGUCAAAGUCUAUCUUCUACACAAUGGGGCAUAUGUAGCUAAGAAGAAGACAAAAAUUGCACGCAAGACACUCGACCCGCUGUACCAGCAAGCACUGCAGUUUGAAGAAAGUCCGCAGGGUAAAGUGUUACAAGUAAUUGUCUGGGGAGAUUAUGGGCGAAUGGACCACAAAUCCUUCAUGGGAGUUGCACAAAUCCUACUAGAGGAGCUGGACCUCUCCAGCAAUGUCAUUGGCUGGUACAAACUUUUCCCGCCUUCUUCCCUCGUCGACCCAACUCUUGCCUCUAUAACUCGACGUGCUUCUCAGACAUCCCUGGACAAUUCACCGGCACCUGCGGGAGUUCGAUCGUAGUGGACUAACAAUAUAAAGCACAGUCAAUACAAGCUGAGAGACAACAAGAUAAGAGCCAGGCAGAAAAUGCGAUGAAAUGACACAAAGCUUUGUUAAAAUCUGACAAUCACUCCUGUGACUUUGUUUUUAUGUUUUCCUCUUUGUGGGUAGCACCUGUUCUGCCGAAUUUGUUUGUUUCUCUCACUGUUUGUUGCGUGAGACUUAGUGCUGUCUAGCACACUAGCACGUGGGAAGCACCGCUUUAGGGUGACAUAGAAAGUAGGGUGAUAUUCUGUCAAGUCUACAUUAAAGAAAUGUACGUUAGCUAGUUUUUAACAGAGCAUCAGAAUGUAUCAGCCCAAAAACAAAGGUGACCUCUGACCAAGGGAUUGUC